AUGUUCUCUUCACUUUCAUUAAUAUUUCUAUUCAUCGCAGCAUUUAUCGGCACGGUUACUUAUGCAGCACCGGUGAGCAAUGAUGCAUGCCAAGCUAAAUUUGACAAUCGGGACACAUGUCGUAUUGGAGUUAUGGCUGAUUUUUCAUGCCUAAUAUCAACGCUCAAUUUAGCCGAAACCAAUCUAGCAUCCUGCAACUCAGGGUCAAUCUUUUGGAGUUAUCCAUCGAAUACAUUGAAAGUGACCUUCAAAACGCUAUUUACGCAAAAGCGUCAACCCUUUUCUAUUCGUCUGGACACUGAAGAAAUAAUGUUAGCAGUCUCACGUGUUUGUCAAGUAUCUCCAGAAGCAUCGUUUGAACUUCAACCUGUUGGGAAUAUAAUUAUAGCUAAAUCGGAUUCAAAUUAUGAAGUUGUUCUUAAAUUUGAAGCACCACCAAGAUGGAAAUUUUAUGGCCGAAAUAUCAACUACAUUGUUGUGCCAAAUUGA